GAAAAAGCAUUGCUUACAGACAAUAUUCACUACGAAUUUUACUAUGAGACAACGAUAAGUGGAGGAUCGACGAUAUAAAUAUAUUUUAUUUUACCUGCACUUCCAAAUAUUUUUGUCAUAUCGAUUUGAGAACUUUUUAAAAUUGAACAUUCUAGGGAAAUACGCGUUUCAUAUUUCGUAUUACAAUUUUUAAUAGCAUUAAACAUAAUAUACCGAAUGUGACAGACAACGUAACGAUAUUUAAGGUUAAGUGACAUAUUAUCUUUUUUUGUAUCGUGGUCUUUCUUUUUUUUAUCGGUUGAUCAUUCAGAAAAAUGCCAGCACCAAACUCGAUCAGCGUAGCCGUGAUAUGUUCUAGCAAUAUGAAUAGAAGCAUGGAAGCUCAUGCCUUUUUGAGUAAAAAGGGUUUCAACGUUAAAUCCUUUGGCACGGGUGAUAAAGUAAAACUUCCUGGAAAUGCUCCUGAUCGCCCAAAUAUAUACGACUUUGGAACGACAUACGAUGAAAUAUACAAUGAUCUUUUAUCGAAGGACAAACAAUACUAUACCCAAAAUGGUUUAUUGCAUAUGUUGGACAGGAACCGUAGGAUAAAACCUAAACCAGAACGAUUUCAGUUGUCUAAGGACAAGUUUGAUAUUCUAAUUACUUGCGAAGAACGUGUUUAUGAUCAAGUAAUUGAAUGCAUGGAAUCCAGAACUCCGGAGGAUAAUCAACCUGUGCAUUUGAUUAAUAUCGAUAUUCAAGAUAAUCAUGAAGAAGCUACCGUUGGAUCUUUUCUGAUAUGUGAAUUGGUCACUGUGCUAGCCAAUAGCGAGGAUUUAGAUAACGACAUAGACGAAUUGCUUCACGAAUUUGAAUCGAAAUUUGCGAGAACUAUUUUACACACCGUGCUGUUUUAUUAAGGGGGCUGUCAUGUAUGAAGAACCUGGUGUUCAGCAACAACGUAACUUAUAAAAAAAAAACUAAAUUAUACGCUAUUAAUAUACUACCACAUUCUCUGAGUCAGAUUAUGUGGAAGGAAUUUCAGUAGCGACAAAUAGGAAUUCAAUCCGUGCUUCCUGUUUAACGAAUCAUUACUUUCCAUAGAAUAUGUUUCAGAGAUCUGCUGUUAUAUUCUCUCUACAAUUAUCUACGAUCCGUGGCAAGAUACGAAAGCAGCG